UUACGAAAUUAUUGUGAAAAUUUCGCCUCGUCACAAUCGUCAUUCAAUUUUCGGUGUUUACCAAAUCAAAUUUAAUAAUUCAAUUAAUAUUAUGUAGAUUUGGCUUCUCAUUAAUAUCGAGUGUGGUAUUUUCUCUACUUAUUCCAGCCAAGUUUCGGAAACUAAAUUGACAAAUAGAAAACUUAGAUAUGGUUCGCUGCGCGCGACCAACCAAAAAACCCCCGGUGACGGGGGUACAAGGCCCCCAUCGUGAGGUGAUGCCGUCAAUUCAGGAGCUUUUAACUGAACAGGUGUCCGGCGCCUGGGCGCAACCUGGGUUGUACUUCUUUACCGUUGCUUUUUUAUGGGUCAACUAUUUGUGGCAAACGUACCUUCUUGUCAGACAGUACAAAGUAUUGAAAGGUAACCCGGUACUGCCUUUAAAGUUAAAACGCAUUUUGGACCCUCAAUAUUAUGCAAAAUCUCGCGCGUAUCGACUCGAUCGGGUGUUGUUCGCUAUCGUACAAAACACACUUACACAUGUUUAUACCAUUCUCAUCCUCAACUAUGAGAUUACUCCCAAGCUUUGGAAUUGGACAACAGGGUUUAUUGUUGCAAGAGGGUAUAAGGGAGACCCCGAACUUAUUGCGUCUGUUGUGUUCAUCUCGCUGUUACUGCUGAUUUCCGGUCUGGCAUCGCUGCCGUGGGAUAUUUACGCUACGUUCUUCAUUCAAAUAAAGCACGGCAUUAGUAAACAGUCGAUGGCGUGCUACCUGCGCGAAGCUAUGAAGAGUCUACUGAUUCAUCAAGUAACUACGCUGCCAAUGUCAUGCACACUACUCUACCUGGUAAAAAGAAUUGGUCCGUGGAGCUUUGGGUACUUUUGGGUAGCUCGCUGCUUGCUGAGCAUUCUUCGGGAGACAUUUUACAUGACACUUAUUGCGCCUUACUUCCAAAAACUUUACCCUCUCCCAAACAAUAGACUAAGGUCGGCCGUCGAAUCACUAUCGACGUCUAUCGGCUUUCCUCUGAGGGAGUUGUAUGUGUUUGAAGUAUCACAGUAUACGACGAUUAGCAACGCGCACAUUGCCGGCGUAUUCAAGGGUAAAAGCAUUAUACUUUUUGAUACUCUCCUAAAACAUGAAACUGUUCCACUUGACGAGUCGCCGAAAUCGAAGAGCAAAGCGCAGACUGAGAAAAAGGCGCCGAAAGCGAACUUAAACAGCAGAGUGCGAUUCAGUCGCGGACCGAAAGAUGAUAGUUGCAGAACGAAGACCCAUUAUAGCCGUAGAAGAUUCCCUGAUGAGGACGUGCUGGCAAUAGUCUGCCAUGAAAUUGGGCACUGGAAAAUGUCGCACAUCCCAAAGUUGUUCAUAUUGGCUGAACUCGACAAUUUGAUAAAUCAUCUGCUAGUCGGGCUCUUAUACCAGAUGCCGGGUAUAUUUAGGGCAUUUGGUUUCCAUAAGGACACUCCCGCUCUCAUCGGUGUGGUACUUGUGGCAGGUCUUCUUAUCACGCCAUACAACGUGCUAAUGAAUUUCCUGAGGACGUGGUACAAGCGACACUGCGAAAUCCAAGCGGAUCAGUUCGUGCAUAAGAUGCAACAGGGACCUUAUAUGGAAAAAGCGGUGAUUACGAUGAACAUGGACAGUCUUAGCUUUCCGCUUUAUGAUCCGAUAUACAAUGCAUGGCACAAUUCACAUCCUCCACUGCCGCAACGUAUCGAGAUCCUUCGCGGAGAUUAUACCGGAGCGACCGGCUUAUCCACAUGCCAUCUUCGUGGACAGCCAGCCUAUUAUUCGCCGGGAUCUGUUGGGCCAAGCAGCAGACCGGCAGUUCGGGCACAAUUUUCCAAGGCGGCAGGGAAAAUGGUGAAGUCCCCUGUCCAUUCAAAGAUGAUCCUUAAGGGAUCGAAGGUAGCGGUUAAGACCCGCGGAGUAGUAGUUAAGGUUAUACCGGGUGUAACAUCACGUAGUCCACAAAUUAAAUUACCAAGUGGUAAAGUUACUUCACCGAAGGCGGCCAGCGAAAGUGCAAAAUCAGGUUCACUACCAACCCAGGCGGCACAACCGGUGCAACAACAUCCCACCAGCGGAGGACCGUCUCAAAGCAGUGAGCCCCAAUCUGGGUCGCCAAAAUGAAAAUCUGUUGAAAUACAGCCAGCAAAAUUGGAUUGCCUUUA